CUCGACUUACAACUUCAAGAGUUGGAUCGCAUUCGCAAUGGACAACGAAUCUUCAAUCUUAGACGGGGAUUCUGCUAGGAACGCUUCAUCCCCAGAGCCGAAACCAGAAGAACGUGUCAUUGACAGUUCAUCGCAACCGCCCUCCACCGCAGCUACCUCCACUGCACCACCAUACUCACCCAUCUACGCCACGGCGCAAUCCGACGAUAUACCUUCCCUCCCUGUGCAAACGCCUCCGCCUGCGCCGGCAGCAGCGCCAUCCUCAGCAUACACCCCAACACCAACCACUAUGGGCGACGCCACAAUCCCAAGCUCGAGCACCACGACCACCUCUCCCCCACCCCCACAGCCUGGAGCUCACCCUGUCCCAGCUCCUACCAGCACAGCUUCCGCUCCAGGAUCCUCCAUACCUCCACCUCGCAAAGCAUGCGCGAUCCCCAGUCCUUCCGCCACAGCAGCAGCAGCAGCAGCACAACAACAAGCUUCGGCACAAGCAACCACCGCAGCACCCGAACUUACAGCAGCAGCAGCAGUAACAGCCAUAACCCCAUCAACAACAACGAUCCCGCCCUCCCCCCUCCAACCACAGCAACAACAACCCUACACAACCCAACAACACCAAUACCCCCCCACAAACCCAGUGCCAGUGGCACUGCCAGUCCCCAACGCAACAACCACCCCCUACCCCUCCCUCUACCAACCCCCGACCAGCGCCACCCUCCCAACCACCACAACCUCCCAUCCGACGACCUCUCAACUGCCCCUGCACUACGACCCCGGCGUGUCAGGGCGGGUGGACCUCGACGAGGCCGAGGGAGGCAUCGUGGCGAACGCCAAGUCGUGGCUCCGCAGUGCGGGGACCAAGUUGGCCGAGGUGGAGGCGGAGGUGUGGAAGAAGAUUAAUGAUGUGCAUGAUAAGUGAGCCUCUCUUCUUCUCAUCAGAAAAGGAUAGUGAUGGGGGGUG